UGCCCUCCAAUCCUAUCAUCUUUUCACCCUUAAAUAAAUUAUAUUCCAAAGAUCAAAUAUCUUUACCGGUUCUCCUUCGUGGAAAUCAUGGCUAACGCAGCAUCUGGAAUGGCUGUGAAUGAUGAGUGCAAGCUAAAGUUUUUGGAAUUGAAAAAGAGAAACUAUCGAUUCAUAGUUUUCAAGAUCGAAGACAAAUCACAUCAAGUUGUUGUGGAGAAAUUAGGCCAACCAAAUGAAAGUUAUAAUGAUCUUUUGAACAACUUGCCUAGCAAUGAAUGUCGCUAUGCUGUCUUCGACUUAGAUUUUGUCACCAAAGAGAAUUGCCAAAAAAGCAAAAUUUUCUUUUUUGCUUGGUCUCCAGAUUCAUCAAGGGUGAGAAGUAAGAUGAUAUAUGCAAGCUCUAAGGAUAGGUUUAAAAGAGAGCUAGAUGGGAUCCAAUUCGAGCUCCAAGCAACAGACGUUGGUGAGAUGAGUUUAGACAUCAUCAAAUCAAGAACCUAUUAAAUUUAAAAAGAUAAAAUCUUGGAAAAUUAAUAAUACAUUGGAGGGCAAUUCAUCCAUUAUAAUGAUUCCAUAAACAUGCACUAGGGGUUUGUUGAGGUUCGAUUCAUAAUCUUAUGUUUCCUAAGAGACUCUAAUUCAAAAAUGU